AUGGAGACAUCACAGCUCACUGGUGGGAAGCCUCGACGGGUUUGCCUGUCCUUGCGGUAUGCCAAAUAUGCCUUACCGAUCUACCUUAACAAGUCACUGAAAGAUAGGAAGGGUGCCCUCUGCGUGAUGGCUCUGAUGUUCAACAUCUGUGCGCUUGGGAAAGGAUGGCUGCAGAGUGUUUCGACAGAUGGGUCAAUAUCAGAGCCACGCACACCUAGCUGGGAUACUGGACUCAAAGCUACUUCGUUAGCCUUAGCUAUCAUCGCUUAUAUAGCAUACCUACUCACCAUGACCAUACACGCUGACCCGAUCAAGGGGUUCAUGGUGACUGUGAUCGGCUGGCUCGCCUCAGCCACUAUUCUGUUUAGCCUAGUCGGGAUUGCGUUUCGAAAACAUCGACUGGUCCAGUCUCACCACGCUCUCAUAUUUACCGAAAACUUCUUUGCCGGGGUCAUAUCCGCCGGUCUCUUCAUUCUGGCAGCGGUUCUGCUCUCCAUCUACAUAGUCAGCUUGAACCGAUCUACAUUCAGUCCAGCAGAUAGGCGAAAGAUCGAAUGCACAAGUAUCUUGUUCAGGGUCACUAGCUUUGCCAUUUUGCUUCUCGGAGAGGCCGCCGUAUACAGCGACAUUGAAGGCUGGUCAUUGAUAGAUUCUCUCUACUUCACCGACUACACCCUCUUGACCAUCGGUAUUGGGAAUCUUGCCCCUAAGACUCAUUUGGGGCGCAGCUUGCUGUUUCCCUUCGCGACUAUGGGGAUCACCAGCUUGGGUCUAUUUAUCACCUCCGUGGUAUCUUUUACUGAUCAGAUGAGGGAAAUCAAACUUCAGCGUCAUAUCGAGGAAUCUCAAAGAGAGUUUCGUACCGCAGACUCAAAGAGAACAAUCGAUGAUACAUCAACAGCUGAAGUUUUGCAAUCUCGAUUCCCUUUAGUCAAAGACCCUAUCCCGAAAUGCGAAGAGAUCAUCGAAAUACGCAACGCCAGAUCUACGUUCUAUCGAAGAACGAGGUGGACUGAUCUAGGAUUAUUCUUAGCUGCAUGGUUUGUUCUAUGGUUUGUCAGUGCGGCUGUAUUUUGCCACUCUGAGAAGGAAGCCAAUUGGACUUAUUUUGUGGCUCUAUAUUUCACCUACGCUUCCCUCACCACAAUCGGGUAUGGGGAUCUGUUCCCCACGAGCAAUUUCGGCAAGGUCUUCUUCAUCUUCUGGUCUUUACUAGCCAUUCCAAUUCUAACCAAUCUGGUCACUGUGAUCGGUAACAUUUCCCACAUUUGGCUGUCGCUGUGCUCUCGUUGGGUACGACGACACGUGUUUCGCAGACAUGGCACGAGUGAGCACGACCAUGAGUAUAUGCAUCGUUCCCGGAAGACCUCAGGCUCUCUUACGACAAACAAUCCUCUAAACCUGGAUCUAUGUGACUCUGGGAUCGAUAUAGAGAGACGAAACCAGGCUUAUUUCAAGCCCACAGAAGGCCUGCCAACGACGCACGUGGAAUUUGAGCCAAGCGACUCGUUUGGGGAAGGGCCACACCGAAUUAUGGCUAAGAGGGCAGAAAUGCGCUGUCGACUGAUGGUUCUCGAAGAGAUUGAAGACCUCAUAUCAGUGAUGAGGGAUGAUUCGCUUGAACAUCAGGAAGAGCUUUGUUGUAGGUGGGCGAGAAUCAUUCCUCUGCUUGAGUCCAAAGACGAUACUGGCAGCUUUUCUGAGCUACUGCCCCUUUUCCUGCCCGCAAAGUCUGAAAGAAUGAGGGAAAGUAUACUCAAGGAUCGUAAAAAGGAAAUAUCAGAGAGGAACGUGGAGGUAUUAUGGAUGGUAACCUUGUUAGUGAAGAAACUUUCCCUUGACUCACGACAGGAGCUUCUCGAGACGAUUUAA